AUGACAAAUUCGCUCAUUCGGACAGCGUCUCUGGCUGUUCUUGGCCCGCUGGGCUUGUAUACCGUCUUUUGGAGCUUGGCCAUCAUACCAUUCUUCCAGCGACACUUCUUAUACGCGCACAAGUUCAACACUCUGUUCUGGUCCGAUGUGAACGAGCCAGAAAGAUGGGGAUUUGCAACAGAGCAUCAAGUCGUGCCCUUCUACCUGAAAACCCCCGAUGACACCUAUCUCUACUCGUGGCACGUUCUGCCGCUUCCUCUGUAUCAUGAGCACGAGGACCAAAUCCUACAGAGGGCGUCAUCAGAGGCUGUGGUUCUUGACAUUACCACUUCAGAAUCGUUCCGUCUGUUAAAAUCGGACCCCAAUGCUAAACUAAUUCUAUAUUUUCAUGGAAAUGCCGGUCACAUCGCUCAAAUGUUCAGAGCAGACAGCUACCAUUCACUGACCGACACGUCAUCUUACCACGUAAUCGCCAUUGAUUACCGUGGCUACGGCCAUUCUACGGGCGUUCCCAGCGAGGAGGGCCUCAUCCAGGACGCCGAGACACUAGUGAACUGGGCCAUGAACGUGGCUGGCAUUCCGUCCAGCAGGAUCGUCCUGUUCGGCCACAGUCUCGGGACUGCGGUGACAAGCGGCGUGGCCGAGCGAUUUGCCCGCCGGGGUGUUGACUUUGCCGGGCUCGUUCUUGUUGCUGGAUUCAGCGAUCUCGCCAAUUUGCUCACGGGGUAUCGCAUCAGCGGCGUGUUCCCCGUCAUGGGACCGCUCGCAGCCUGGCCCUCGGCCGUAAAGUAUCUGCAGACGUAUGUUGUGGACAAGUGGCAUUCGGCGGACCGACUUGCCAGCGUAGUGCGCAAUACCAAGAAGAGGCUACGCCUUGAGCUGAUUCAUGCAUAUAGCGACUGGGAUAUUCCUUGGCAGCACGAGGACAUCCUGUUCCAGGCAGCCGCCAACGCAACGACCAAUGGCCUCAACCAGACCGAGUUUGACCGGUUCAAAGAGAAACACAUGAGACUCAGCCCUGGAGGCGGCGGGUUUUCGGUCGCUGUACAGUCCAACCCGGAUACCAUCAUCAGACAGCAAUUAGUUCUGCACGGAGGCCAUAACGAGAUUGCCACUUCUUCAUCCAUGCUGAGAGCAGUCAUGAGAUGCUUUGAAGAGAAGUAA